AUGACGAUGGCUUCUCCACAGCCGCGACAUGAGACGAUCGAUCUCGACGAUUUCAACGAACACGCCAGAGCUCCUCGAAAUGUUCCACAACAAGGCAUUUGGUCGAACCGCAAAAACACAGAAGAUCAUCGAAGGUGGAGCAUCAUCGAACUGGCAGGCGACAACCAUAGUGACUGGCCGAAAUACGCCAAAGUUGAAGAGGCUUGCUCAGCACACCCCUCACCUCUGAAGACCACAGUUUCCUUCAACCAGACAAACUUUCUUCAUCCUCCAACGCCGGACAGAGAAGAUUGUUCUUAUAGUCAUAAGGGCAAUGAUUUCAACGACACGAUAUCUCUUACGUCUAAAUCCCACAAGAAUGGAGACAAAAAGACGAGCCCAUUCGUGUGGUGGACAUUAUGUUUGUGGCUUGUUGGGGUCCUGAUGCUGACGCUAACGGCUGUGUACUCGACCGGAUCGGCAAAGGCUCUGAUGAGACAAAAUUUCUUUGUCGCAUCGCCUAGUAACUCGAUCCUGAUCCUUCGCGUGAUGACUGAGCUUUGCGCUCUUGUCUUGGCUGCCCUUGUGGUUGUGGUUGUGGAAGACUUGCAGUGGGCACUAGCAUCUCGCCCCGGUGGCGUCAGUCUGUUGCACUUUGUAGGACUUGACGCCGGUACGGGAGUAUGGGGAUUGCUUCGACUUUUGGCAACUGCCGAGUGGAGGCAGAAGUACUCCAGUCUGUUCCGUCUGUUGGUUAUCUGCUCCAUUCCUUUGCCGGGUAUCAUUCUCAUGGGUGCUAUUUCCAUCGAACUGGUCACGUUCCCCGAAAAGACAUACAACGUGUCCGCCGGAAUUGCCCCCUUCAACGCCUCUUACAUCUACGAGAUUCGUCAGUCUACGGCCACCGCCUUAUUGGUGCAGAUGGGCAGCCCGGCCUGGUCCGACAGAGAUUCUUUCUCCCUGGAUCCAUUGCACCAGGGCGUAGGAAAGUGCACUGGGAAUGACGGCGGAUGGGCCCCGUGUGACGAAUCACAUCUGCUGACCGGCGGUGUGGUCUCAAUUGCGCCUCAAGCAGACAACCUGACCAGCUACCCGGACUCUGCGGCAUACGUAGUCCCCAAUACUCGAGUCGUUCAAUUAGAGUAUGGGAGAGUACAUGAUCUCGAUGCUCUACGCACAAAUGGAACUUGCUUCCUUAUUGGUGCCGACAGCGCCGCCUCGUACUGGUGUGCCGCUGUUGGCAAACAGAAAGGCCUGCUUUUUGCUGACAACUGUCUCACAGGAUCAGCAUACUGCCCGAUUGCACUUCAACUGACCAGUUCCUGUAUCAACAACACCGCUUGGACAAACCCCUUGGAACUGUCAUCAUCACUAUACGUAUACUCACGUUAUGCCACCGUCACAUAUGACCGCGGAAACUUCUCAAUUCUCGACGUUUCGGAUAUGACACCACCAGAGCAGGACAUCAUCGGUCUCGACGAAUACAUGCUCUCGCUAUCCGCUGUAGUCCCAGGCUUUAACAAGAGUGGCCCAGCUACAAAGGGCGACAACUCAGCACUAGCAAUUUAUGCAGUCACAGCGUUACCGAUCAACGACAGCGAAGUGGCCAAGAAGCAGUCAUUGAGAGCCGUCAGGAAGGCCCUCUCUGUGCCAUUCAGCUACUUUCACGCAAAUUACUUCUCAUCUGGCCCGUCCAUUUGGGAACUCAAGACUCCUCGCGAAGGUCUACCAGAGGACAUGUACUCCACCCUGUCAAUCUCCAUCCUCAGCCAUCAGGUUGUUGCAGGAAUUGUUAGCAGGUGGCUUUUCGUCACAGUAGCCGGCAUAAUACUGUGCAUAUCAUUAGCCAUCAUCAUAGCGACGUCAAGGGUCUGUGUAAAGAGGCCAGAGAGAUGCGGCUAUCCGACGCUGGAUUUUGCCGCCGUGUGUGCUGUAAGAGGAGGAAUACCGUCCAACUCUCCCGAAUGGGGUAAUGCACAAGAGCCGGCCUCUCAUGAGAGAGGUCAUGCGAGUGGUCUGCACAGGAGUCUGACGCAACUCGGGCAAAAGCCACAACCAUUCGGAGUUGCGAAAAAUAUUAAGAACGAAAGGGUAAUAUUAAGUUAA